AUGGAGGUCGGCUCAUCAAACGAUAUCAUAAUCACUAUAUCGCCAACUCUUAGCGUCAAUAGUAGUGUCUCUAACGGUUGGGAAUCUACCACAAUUGGCCACUUUUUUGCCACUCUUGAUGCCAUCGCUAAUCGAGAAACUCAAGUCCUGUUGAAACGGCAGAUCAACCGUUUGGCUGAUGUCGAGGAAUAUCUCGUCGUCAUUAGGAGCGGCCACUGUUGGCUCUAUUGGGCCCACAAUUGUCACAUCGAUGGUCACAAUUGCGUGCAUAAAGUGAUGAUCCAGACAAUGAUCACUGCGAGCGCCCAUUUGGCCCAAUACAGGAACUGUAGGCCCGGUUUGGCCGUCAUAUACAGCGACCACUUUUUGACCAUUUCUUCAUCGUCGACGAACGGCGACCACGAGAACGGCUCCAACGACUCCUCCAAAGGCAACGAAGUCUACUCCAAACUCAGCGCAUCGGCCAAUGAUAAGAGUCUGACACUUUUUGACUACAUAUAUAAUUCUAUAUAUUAA